AUGUUUGCUUCAGCUCCACUGCUGCUGCUGGCUCUCGCCCCCUAUGUGUUCUGUGCUACUGAGCUCAUCCAGCCAGACUCAGUGGUGAUAAAGCCAGGAGAGACUUUAACCAUCACCUGUAGAGUGUCUGGAGCUUCGAUCACUGAUAGCAGCAGCCACUUUGGAACAGCUUGGAUUCGACAACCUGCAGGAAAACCUUUGGAAUGGAUCAACACCAUUUAUUAUGAUGGGAACAUUGAAAAGAAAGAUUCACUGAAAGACAAGUUUGUUGUUUCUCGAGACACUUCCAGUAACACUGUGACCUUACGGGGACAGAACAUGCAGAGUGAAGACACAGCUGUGUAUUACUGCACUCGAAGACCACACAAUUCCUGCAGUCAGACACUGAUUGAGUCUGAUUCAGUGAUUAUCAAACCUGAUCAGUCUUAUAAACUGACCUGCACAGCUUCUGGAUUUAACUUUGGGAGCUCCUGGAUGGCUUGGAUCAGACAGGCUCCUGAAAAAGGGCUGGGAUUUGUUGCAACUAUAGAGUAUGAUAGUGAUAGGAAGUAUUUCUCCAGUGCAGUUAAUGGCCGCUUCACCAUCUCCAGAGACAACAGUAAGAAGCAGGUGUAUCUGCACAUGAACAGCAUGAGGACAGAAGACACUGUAGAGUAUUACUGCGCUCGACACACACAGUGA